AUGAUGUUGCUUCACUUCACGAUCCAACAGCGGACUCAGCACGAAAGCAGCACCAUGCUCCGCGAGCAGAUUCUGGAUCUCAGCAAACGCUACAUCAAAGCCCUGGCGGAGGAAAACAGGAACGUCGUGGACGGCCCAUAUGUCGGCACGAUGACAGCAUAUGGUAAGGACAAAAAAAGCGCAUGCUUCGUAUCUACUUCUGAGAGAAUGGAUGACAUUCGUAUAUUAAGGCUGCGUUUGAUGGCUGAUUUUACAAGAGCCAGAGGGUUUCAAUUCAUCUGCUGGCUUUUAGAAGCAAAGCAAAUUAUGGAUUUAAUUGUCCCAUCUGGUUGA